CCCCUCUGUUUAUUUGCACCUAGUGUUCCUGAGUGUUCUGACAGCUGAUUGUUAAAGCCACAACAAGCUACAGCUGGCAGCUGAUCACUGAGGGACUGCAGCACUGCCACCUAAAGAGCUCCAGUGGUCGUGGGACUCUUUGGAAAGAGCCUCUACAAGUGCAGCAAAUAUGGGAAAUAAUUUGACGGUUCAAGAAGAAGCUGAAGACCAAGAUAACGUGUGCACAACAGAGAAUUAUCAGGUUGCGUCUGAACCUCCUGCCUGUGCUAAAAAUGGACCUGUCACACUUCAGGCUGUACAGACUGAUUCUUCUGAAAACAAUGAUAAAGUGGAUGCAAGGACAAGUGUGGAACAGAAUAAUGUGACCAUUUCUUCCCAGAAGACAAUGGAGAUAAGCUCCACUUCUGAUGCAAACGGAAAGAAUUUUGGGAAUGACGCCAAGAAUCCAACACCAGCUGCAAAAUCUCGUUUUAGCUUUACUUUUUCACGGCCUGUACCAGGGCGUACUGAAGAGCAAGUUAGAGAUUCAUCAGUUGGACCAGCUAAGCUUGAGGUCAGUUCAGUGAUGCCUGAAGCAAACAAAGCAUCAAGUGAGAAAAGAGAGAGUCCUGCAACAUCUGUGCUGGAGGAAGGAUCAGAUAAAAACCUAAACCAGGCUCCUUCUGCUGCAGAACUUAGUGAAACUGAACUAAUAGCCUUAUCACCACCUGAGACAGAGGAAGCAGCCCCAUCAAAUUCAAAACAAGUAACCUUCUUUGACAGACUCUUCAAAUUGGAAAAGGGAAAGGAGAAAGAAAAAAGUAAGACACCAGUUGAAACCCAAGAGGAAAGCCAGACUGAAGAAAUCCCUGACGCAGGCCUCACAGCUGAAGUGUCUGCUGGAUUACAGAGCACACCUAACAGUGUCUCACAGGGAAAGGAUAUAGAUGACUGCAACCAAAAAGCUGCACAGCCAGGCUCUGCGAGUGUCAAUCCUGACGAGGCAGUAGUAAAACAAGAGAACACCAACAUUUUUGGCUCAGAAGACUACAAUAAUUCUGUCAUGAGUUUCUUUAGAACAUUGGUUUCACCAAGCAAAUCAGAAGCCAAAAGUGACUCUGAGGACAAGGAAUCUAAAGUGGAAAAGAGCCAUGGUGAGCAUCCUGCUCAGAAGACAGCACCAGAAUUCCAAGCUAAAGGAGCCAAGAAAAAGAAGCCAGAGAGUCCCAUGUUAGGACACAAAACAUUUAGCAAAAUCUUUAGGCAUAAGUCCACAAAAGAGGCCCAACGGACAACUGAUGCCAAAGUUGUUGAACAACAGCCUGUCACCUCCGUCAGUAUAAAAUCAGAAAAAAAUGCCCCUCCCUCUCAAGAAUCACAGAUGACAAAGCAGAAUGUAAAACCCCCUGAAUCUGCAGCUCAGCAGCAGGCAGCAGCAGCAACUACUGAAGCCCCGAAAGAUAUGGCUAAAGAGAAAUCUGCUCCUACUCCCACACCAUUGAGCAAACUCUUCAGAAAAAAGACUGCACCAGAAGAUACAGAGGUUGUAAACAAUGAGAAAGUGGAAGCAUCUUUAGAAGCAGUGGCUCCUGAUAAAGAUGAGACUAAAAGCCCAGAAGCUGCAGAAGCUGCAGAAGUGAAACCUAGAAGAGAAGAAAAUAAAAACCCCAAAACAAACCUGAGGAAGUUUUUUAAACUGUCAGUUAAAAAUGAUGGCGGGGCCACCAGUUCAGAAGAGAUAAAUGGGCCAGACCCCAGUCACCAACAUUUUCUAUGGCAUUGGACUUCCAGGGCCAAAUCAUGGCUUGUUAAUCACCUGACAUCAGGCUCCACAGAGAGGCCAGUCUCCCCAACGGAAAGUGAACCUGUGGGCCAGAAGAGCAAGGGGAGUUCAAAAGACAAAACAUCUACAGCAGAGCUAAGCAAACAGGAAACCAAAGAACAGCAAGACUCCAGAGAACAGCAAACCACAGCCACAGAGUCAAUCCAGAAUGGAGGAGACACUGCAAAGGACAGCCCCCUCAAGAAGAUAGAGAAGAGACAGUCACUUGGAGGGUUUUUUAAGGGCCUUGGGCCAAAACGGAUGUCUGAUGCUGAAGUGCAAACAGAUCCAGUGUCUAUUCUACCUGCUGGAAAAUCCAGCCAAUGAAUACAUUGGCUGCUGAAGAAUCAGACACACUCUUUGAGCUCCCUUGCAGUAAAGACGUCUCAUUAUUUUCCUUUAUAUGGCUGUCAUCAAAAGAGGGCAAUGCUGAAGACUAAAGUAAACAUUUGUGUACAUUUGAGAUGUAUCAUUUACAGAAUUUGUUCAUUAGAUGUUAGUAAGUAACUGUAAAGGUCAUUGAGAAGCAAUGUGUAAUAUUAUAAUUAAAGAGAGGUCAUACGGGUGAUUUUUAAGUCUGGGGAGAGUGAAAGGAUGCAGUGGUUUUCAAACUUUUUUUCUCAAGACCUAGUUGAAGAAAAUUGUUGAUGCCUAUGAAACAACAUAAAUUGACUAGAGUGUGGACUCCAGAAUGGGGCUGAGGAUAAGAGUUUUAGAAUGUAGGAGCGGGCUCUGGCUUGGCGGGAGGGGGGGGUCAGGGCUAGGGCUUACCUUAAGUGGUACAGCGGGGUGCUAAGGCAGGCUUCCAGCCUCUCCUGGCACUGCAAACCAUGCUGCACCCUGGAAGCAGCUGGCAGCAGGUUGUUAGCCAAUGGGAGUGCAGAGCUAGUGCUUAGGGCAGGGCAGUGCAGGGAGCCCUGUGCACUCUCCCCCCUCACCUAAGAGCCGGGCCUGUUGCUGGCUGCUUCUGGUGCGCAGUAUGGUCUGCGGUGCCAGGACAGGCAGACAGCUGCCUUAGUACCCCCACUGGUCACCCGAUCACACUGCAGCAAUGAGACCCCGUGCCUGACAUUUCACGACCUACUACUGGUUUGCAACCCCUUGUUUGAAAACCACUGAGAGGAUGUAAAGGUGAGGUAAGAAAGUGGCCGUGAAAAAGAUGACUUGUGGAGUAAGUGAAUGUGACGAAAGCAAUGCAUUUUUGUGGCAAAACAGUGAACAAAGAAUUCUCAGCUACCAAGCUUUGAAGCAGUCAUGAAAAAAAUCAUAUUUUGAUAAAAGUUAUAUUUAAAAGUAAAUACCCACCAACCUUACAUAGUUUGUCAUUAUGCUGUAAUUAGCAAGGUCUGCAAUACAACAGAAUCUGUGUUUUUAAGAUUAUGCUUCAGAUUGGUCUACACAUUAUUAAUGAAAAUUAAAAGGCUAAAAUGCAAAGGCUUGAAAUGAUUUAAAGUACAAUUUCUUCCUUGACUUAGUGAGGUGGAAUAACAAAAAUACUUAAGCUAUUAAUACAACACAAGGGGGCGCCAGUAUCUCCACUCUCUUACUAAUUCAAAAGCUCUAUCUACAAUCUUAUGUUGUUAAUGUUUUUCAGAGUUAGAAAAAAAAAUCUUAGUUGUUUUGUCAGUUACUCAUCUCCAUUCAUAUCUGUAAUUUAUCCUAAUAAAAACCAACUUUAAGACUGACCAGGAUUCCUCCUGCUUUACAAACUCCUGGAAUAAUCAGGGUUAAUAAAUUUUACAAAUAAUUUCA